CAACCUCUUUGACCUCAUAAGAAAGCACUGCUUCUUACAUUCCGGUCUCAGGUUCUUACCAUAGCUCGUUUCUUCUUCAUUGAUUGUAUAACUUCACCUUCGUACUUCAUCAUGGCAAACCAGACAGGACGCGGCCAGCAGGCCCAGGAACGGCUUUCGCAGGUUAGCAACCACUUGAGUGGUGGUGCGGGCAGGACGGGCAAGCAGGCUCUGUUGGAAAAGCAUCCUGAUGAUAUCGUCGUAACCUGCGCGCUCCGCACACCCAUCACCAAAGGCGGCAAGGGUGGCUUCAAAGACACCGCCUCGGCCGACCUCCUCCACGGCGCCUUCACCUCCUUGAUCAAACGCUCCGGCAUCGACCCUUCCCUCGUCGAAGACAUCGCCGUCGGCAGCGUGCUCGCUCCCGGAGGCGGCGCUACCGAGUUUCGCGCCGCUGCCCUCGCAGCCGGCUUCCCCGUUACCGCAUCCUGCAAGUCGCUCAACCGGCAAUGCUCGUCUGGCCUCCAGGCCUGCGUCGAUAUAGCCAACCAGAUCAAGACCGGUAUGAUUGAGAUUGGGAUUGGGGCUGGUGCGGAGAGUAUGAGCACGCAGUAUGGACCGCAGGCUGUGACGGAGUUCUCAGAGCUGCUGGAGAGCCACAAGGAAGCCGCAAAUUGCAAAGUGCCUAUGGGCAUGCUAAGUGAGAAGAUGGCAAAGGCGAAAGGCAUUCCGCGCUCCGAGCAGGACAAAUUCGCCGCAUCCUCGUUCCAGAAGGCCGUCGAGGCGCAGAAGCAGGGUCUCUUCGACGAGGAGAUUGCUCCUCUGACGGUCAAGUGGACGGACCCGAAGACCGACGAAGAGAAAACUAUCACCGUCUCGAAAGACGACGGCGUCAGGGAAGGCAUCACUGCCGAAAGUCUCGGCAAGAUCCGCCCGGCCUUCGCAAAAGACGGCUCCAUCCACGCCGGCAACGCCUCGCAAAUUUCAGACGGCGCCGCCGCCGUCCUUCUCAUGAAGCGCAGCACCGCGCAGCGCCUGGGUCAGAAAAUCGUCGGCAAGUUCGUCCAAGCGUCCGUCGUCGGCGUGCCUCCGCUCAUGAUGGGUGUCGGCCCCGCGGUCGCCAUCCCAGCCGUCCUUCAAAAGACCGGCCUGGAUAAGAACGACGUGGAUAUCUGGGAGAUCAACGAGGCGUUUGCGAGUCAGUGCUUGUACUGUAUUAAUGAACUGGGGCUCGAUAUUAAGAAGGUGAAUCCGAAGGGUGGCGCUAUUGCGUUUGGACAUCCGCUUGGGGUGACGGGAGCUAGGCAGGUUAGUACGCUAUUGACGGAGUUGAAGAGGAGGGGAGAGAGGAUUGGGGUUACGAGUAUGUGUGUGGGGACGGGGAUGGGUAUGGCGGCUGUUUGGGUUGCGGAGUAGACGUCGUACACAUUAUCCUUCUGGACUUCCUGAUAAAUGUAUGAAUACGGAAUAUAGACGGUCCAUUGUAGGUGU